UAGCGGUCACAUUCCUGGACAUUAAAUUGUCUGCGCUUCUUUACCACAAAACUAUAUUUUGAGGACAAUGGCUACAAACCACACUAAAAGACUUACUACAUUUUUCAUUGUACUUUUUGUGAUGAGUUUUCUCUCUGCCUCACCAGAAGUCUGCACUAACUCCCUCAUACCAGGAGCUAAAGGUGACCAAGGUGAGAUUGGAGAUGUUGGGGAGGAAGGAGCCAUAGGAAAAGCUGGUCCGCCAGGGCAUCGAGGUAAUGCUGGAGCUGUGGGGAUUAAAGGGGACAUGGGGCACAUAGGAAAGAUGGGACCAAUGGGAGUCAAAGGUGACAAAGGUGACCCAGGCAUGGAUGGCCCUGAUGGUCUUAAAGGAACACCAGGCUCUACCUGUGACUGUGGAAAGUAUAGGAGGCUGAUUGGACCUAUAGAUAUCACUUUGGGCAAGCUAAGAAAUGCUGUCAAAUUUGUAAAAAAUGUGCUGUUGGGGCUGAGAGAGACAGAAGAGAGGUACUAUCUUCUUGUGAAGGAGCCCAAGAUGUUUCAGGAUGCAUUAAUGAACUGCAGGCUCAGGGGAGGGGUCCUGGCCAUGCCUAAAACCCCCAACACCAACCAAAUCCUAGCAGACUACGUCAGCCAGUCCGGCCUCACCCGGGUUUAUGUUGGAGUGAAAGCCAAGUCAGAUAUUAAUGGGACUAGAAGUUACAUGUACUCGGACUCCACCCCCCUGCAGAUGUUCUCAGGCUGGACUGACAGUCCUCCCAGCACAAACUCCAGCUGUGUGGAGCUGCUCAGCUCUGGGACAUGGGCUCACACUCAGUGUGAUAGUGCCAUGUUUUUUAUUUGUGAGUUUCCCAAAAGCAGAAGAAGAAGGGGAACAACACCCACGCUGCUUUCCUGAAGCACAAUAUGUACCAUGCAUUCCUGUAAAAGUAUUGU